AUGGGGGCUGGAGAGGAGGCCUUCUUGCACGGAGGGCGCUGGAGAGGUCCUGGACCCGGCCGGGAAAGGGAGGCCUCGAAAGACGGCGCCGGCGGGGCUGGGCUGGGCUGGGGUCGACCCCGCCCCGAGGCGGCCCACGAUCCGCCCCACACGCGGCCCCGCCCUCCCCGGCCCCGUCCCUCGUGGCCGCCCCGCCCUCUCAGGCCCAGCCAGCAGGGCGGUGCUGAAGGGCGUCCCCGCGCUGCCGCGCCCGAGCUGCUCUACGCCCUGGCGCGGAUGGGGCACGGAGAUGAGAUCGUUCUUGAGGACGUGAACUUCCCCACCACCUCCAUCUGCAGGUGUGGCCCAGAGGAGAUCCCUGCCUACGGCCUGGGCAUCCCUCAGCACCUGGAGGCUGUGCUGCAGCUACUACCACUGGACAGCUACGUGGAGAGCCCGGGGGGCGGCCCUCUACGGAAGCCUCAUCCUCGAGAAGGGGUGCUGGCCCCCGACGCCCUGUUCCAGGCCUGUUGAAGACCACCCGCCCAGAGAGGGAUCUGGAACCCUGAGCCCGACGCCGCCACCAGCAGGCGUGUCCAGCGGCAGAUGAACUGGCCUGGCCCUGCUCGGCAGCGCUCAAAGCUCACCCAGCCAGGGGCUCCGGGGGCCCAGCGUGUCCUGGGUGGGCCUCUGCUGACCAGGGCUGGCGUUAUCCCAGUUCAGGAAAAUGAUGGAAAAGUGCAGUGACUUGCCAGCAAAUAGUCCAAAGGUUUAAACAGGAGCUCCAUCUUCACUCACAAAGGCCUGUUUGGUGCUGAGUACAACAGCGGCUGUGGGCUCCCCGGAGGGCAGGCCCCACCCACUCUCCGUGAACCCUCAGGUGGGAAGUAAGGCCUCCCUCCUCCCGAUGGGUUUGGGUCACCUGACUUGGCAAGU